AUGCUGCGGCUGCGCUGCAAGGCCCGGAGCGGCUCGCACGCGCUGCCGGGGCUGUCGCCGCACUCCCGCCUCCGCGACAUGCAGGCCGCGCUCGCCGCGCUCACCGGAGUGCCCGCGCCCGCGCAGCGCCUCCUGCUCGGCUUCCCGCCGCGCAGCCUCGACCUCAGCGACGGCGAGCGGCGGCUGGGCGAGCUCGGCAUCCACUCGGGUGACACUCUGAUCGUGGAAGAGGACACAUCCAAACCCGAGCCCGGCUCGCCGGUGGUGGCCAAAAAAGCCAUGUCCCAGCCCGUGAGGGAAGCCGUGCCCGUGCUGGUCAGGAGGGUGGUGCCAGCAGACAAUUCCUGCCUGUUCACCAGCGUGUUCUACGUGGUGGAGGGCGGCGUGUACGACCCCGGCUGCGCGCCGGAGAUGCGCAACCUCAUCGCGCAGAUCGUGGCCAGCGACCCCGAGUCGUACUGCGAGGCCGUGCUGGGCAAAACCAACCGGGAGUACUGUGACUGGAUCCGCAGGGAGGAGACCUGGGGAGGAGCCAUCGAGGUCUCCAUCCUCUCCAAGUUCUACCAGUGCGAGAUCUGCGUGGUGGACACGCAGACCGUGCGCAUCGACCGCUUCGGCGAGGACGCCGGCUACAGCAAGCGCGUGCUGCUCAUCUACGACGGCAUCCACUACGACCCGCUGGAGCGCCGCCUGCCCUCCUCGGACCUUCCUCCCCAGACCAUCUUCCCCAGCAGCGAUGACGUGGUGCUGGCCCAGGCUCUGGAGCUGGCGGAUGAAGCCCGCAGGAAGAGGCAGUUCACGGAUGUGAAUCGCUUCGCCCUGCGCUGCAUGGUGUGCCAGAAGGGACUGACGGGGCAGCUGGAGGCCAGGGAGCACGCCAGGGAGACCGGACACACCAACUUUGGGGAGGUGUGAGCUCUCUCAGCAGCACGAGGAGGGUGCCAUCGACUACCUCAGCGCUCUGGAAUCAGAUUCUGGAGUCCCAGAUAAGCUGUUUGUAAUCAUAAAAUUCCGUUCACAGAGCUUGAAAAGCUUAUUAACUAAUUAACUAAAUUAACUUCAUGGUGGUCAACGCGCAGGUUUGGGAGUAGGGGAUUGGGAGUAGGGAUGGCACUUGGGCUGGUGGUGGACAGUGGCAGCCACACCUUGAUUUCAUCAUCUUCUGUGUGUGUGUGUGUGAGCAGAGAGACGUAGCCAGGCUUGUCCAGCACUGCUGUAAAAUCCUCAGCCAGGAUUUUACACCAAUACUGCUGUAAAAUCCACCUCUGAGGUGCUGAGUGUGUGAUCUGAGCAAACAGGCACAGCCAGGCUUGUCCAGCACUGCUGUAAAAUCCUCAGCCAGGAUUUUACACCAACACUGCUGUAAAAUUCACCUCUGAGGUGCUGAAUGUGUGAUCUGAGCAAACAGGCACAGCCAGGCUUACCAACACUGCUGUAGAAUCCUCAGCCAGGAUUUUACACCAAUACUGAUGGAAAAUCCACCUCUGAGGUGCUGAAUGUGUGGUCUGAGCAGACAGACAUAGCCAGGCUUACCAACACUGCUGUAAAAUCCUCAGCAAGGAUUUUACACCAACACUGCUGUAAAAUCCACCUCUGAGGUGCUGAUUGUACAUUUUUCAGGGGAAUUCAGUUAAUCUGAGGCUUUGGCAAACACACAUAUCAGCACCACUCACACUGAGAAUUGGGCUCUGCACGUAUGAGCAGCUCUCAGAGGGGAAACUGCUCGUGUGGUGCAUGAUUUAUAAUGGAAAUACCAAGUACAAUAUCAAAAAUACAAUUUACAAUGGAAAAAGGAUCUCUGAGCUGCCCUAUACCAUCAGGAAUAGCCUGUGUAGUUUGUGUGCUGGGAACUUUAGGGAAAGCAAUGGCCUCUAAGCUUUAAGGUAGCCUUUAAAUUAAUGAGUAGAUGGAUAAGUGUUGAAUAAAACUUAUUAAUCCUCCGUAGGUAGUUUUUAGUUGCUUGAAAAAUAAUUCUGAACCCCCUGGUGUUUACACUGCAUCAGAGCAUAAGCAUGUUGCCUGGAAUACUUGGGAUUCUUCUUCAUAAUAGCAUUGGGAAUUCCUGCAAGAGGGAAGUGACUAGUUAGGGAUGUGACUUAAUUUGCAUCUGUUAAAUGACUACAUUGAAUAUUUUACUUGAGUAGAGCCAAUUAAGGCCAUGGUGUUUUACUAAGCUGUUCCAGUUUCCAAAUACUGUGAAUGAGCACUUUAAGGUUGAGUUCUCACUCUUUGCUGGUAAAAAGUUUUGCCCUCUGAAGGCCAGAGCCAGAAGGGAGGCUUGAAAUUCCAUCUGCUUUCUGCCUUAAUGUGUUUGAUUUGUCACCACUGACUGUGGAGUAGCAAGACUUUCAUUGUGAUAAUGAAAUGUCACAGCUGAAUAUUCAGAUGAAAAUAAGCUGGGGAAAGUUCCCCACUCCUUGGACUGUUCAGAAUCAGGGAAGGUGAAAUUUAAGGUUUAAUUGGAAUUAUUUUACCUCACAGUGGGGUUGUGAAGCUUAACAGCAAGUGCUUUUGAGGGCUUUUAAAAGGUGCUGUAAAGGUGCAUAUUACUGAAGGGGAUUUAUGUUUUGUUUUUUUUUUUUUAAUUUGAAAUGCCUGCAACACAUCCUUAUUUCUUGAAUUUUAAAAUAUCCUUUGCCUGCCAUUCUUCUGUUACUGUUUUGAGUGACCUUCCUUGCACUUUUAGACUGGGGAACAAGAAGGAGCAUCCUCAGACUGAGGCAGAAAUAAACCCCACGUGGGUUUAACCUAAAACCCAGUUUGAAAGGGCUCUGUUCCCUCAGGCACCUGAUCAAACUGGUGCAGCCACAUCACCUUUUCUGCUAAAAUCCCAUUUCUGGUUCUCAGCAGAGAUCUUGAAGUACAGGAGGGUUUUACAGAAGAAAGAACAUAAUUACUUAAGUGCUUUGCUGAAUUAAGGCAUGAAUAAUUCAACAGCUCUAGGAUCACCCAGAGCACUGUGGACUGGGUUUGUUUUUAAUUCAGUAUUAAAACACACAUUAGCACUGGUGGGAGUUCCCUAUAGAAAGCCACUUAGCUUCCAGUGUUAAACCCCACUCUGC